AUGGCGACUUCUGCAACGUCAACCGCGGUCAACGGAAUGCAUCCGACCCUUCCUCGAGUCGCUUUCCUGGGUCCCGUCGGCACAUAUACACAUCAAGCGACAAGCGAGUUCUUCGGAGAUUGCGAGUCGGCUCCUCAGGCGCGGAUAGCGGACGUCUUCACAGCCGUCUCGAGCGGCUCCGCAUCCUACGGCGUCGUACCCAUCGAGAACUCGUCGUUCGGACCCGUCGCGGAGACGACAGAACAGCUGCGGACGACGGAGCUGUCGGUGCGAGGGAUGCUGGCGCUGCGGAUAGGUCAUGCGCUGAUGGCGAGUCGGAAGGCGGAGAAGGGCAAGCUGAAGCGGGUGUUCAGUCAUGAGCAGGCCAUCGGACAAUGUCGACGAUAUCUCGCCGAGCGGUAUCCAAACGUCGAGAUCAUCCCGGUCAACUCGACGGCGCAAGCAGCGGAACGAGCGGUGGACGACCUAGAAGCGCUGGCGAUCUGUUCGCUCAAGUGCGCCGAGGUGUACGACCUAGACGUGGUGGACACCGACAUUCAGGAUGCGGGAGAAGCCAACACAACUCGCUUUAUCGUCCUCUCGCGUUCCACCGUGUCUCUACCCUCACGAUAUCCUAUCAGUCGGCCUAAAACGGUCGACACGGCGCCUGAGCAGUAG